GUCAAUUCGAUGCCAAUUCAGGGACUAAUAACUAAACUAUCACUCGGCUGCUCGGAUGGUUCCAGCGCACAGGAUAAGCCGUCGCCAUGCCGGUUUAGCCGAUUUGGUUACAGCAGUCAGUCAAUGCAGUCAGUGCCUGAUUCGACUGACUUCACAGCUGGCUGCACUGACGACAUGUUACCCUCCACAGUCCAGGUAUCUAUCUUGAGAAGCCGGUUCUGGCCCGCAUGAGCUUAUAAGUCAGCUACUCCUCCUUUCAAUUGAGAGAAUUGUUCUCCAAACUUGAUACCCUUCUUCGAUUGCUGCUUGUCCCUCUUUCCCCUCCCCCUCUCUGGAGUUGGUUUGGUGCUUUUGUAGAUAAAACGAACGUUUAUCACUCACUCACGUUGCUCACCUCGGUCACUCACUCACCUACCUUCCUCAUAAACCGCAUACAAUCAUGUCAAUGGCUACGCAAGACCGCAAACUUCCCUUUGGGAAGAUUGAGCCCAAUUCGGCCAAGUAUUUCGCUAGCUGUACGCUGGGUGGCAUUAUCGCUUGUGGCCCAACCCACACCGCCGUGACUCCGCUCGACCUGGUCAAAUGUCGCCGCCAGGUCGACCCGAAGAUCUACACCUCCAACCUCUCGGCAUGGCGCUCGAUCAUGGCCAAGGAAGGCGUGCGCGGGGUCUUCUUCGGCUGGACGCCGACCUUCCUGGGCUACUCGCUGCAGGGCGCCGGCAAGUACGGCUUCUACGAGUACUUCAAGUACCUGUACGGCGACCGGCUCUUCCCCAACACCAACCGCACCGUCGUCUACCUGGGCGCCAGCGCCUCGGCCGAGUUCUUCGCGGACAUGAUGCUGUGCCCGAUGGAGGCGAUCAAGGUGCGCAUGCAGACCACCCUGCCGCCGUUCGCGCACAGCCUGCGCGAGGGCUGGGGCAAAAUCACCGCCCAGGAGGGCAUGGCCGGCCUGUACAAGGGCCUGUAUCCGCUGUGGGCGCGACAGAUCCCCUACACGAUGACCAAGUUCGCCACCUUCGAGGAGACCGUCAGUAUGCUCUACAAGACGAUCGGCAAGCCCAAGGAGCAGUGCUCCGGGCUGCAGCAGACCGGGGUCAGUUUCCUGGGCGGGUACAUCGCGGGCAUCUUCUGCGCGAUCGUCAGUCAUCCCGCGGAUGUGAUGGUCAGUAAGCUAAAUGCGGAUCGGAAAGCUGGUGAGGGCGCGAUGACGGCCGUGUCGCGCAUCUAUAGCAACAUCGGAUUCUCCGGCUUGUGGAAUGGCUUGCCGGUCAGAAUUGUCAUGCUCGGUACUUUGACUGGAUUCCAGUGGUUGAUUUAUGAUUCAUUCAAGGUGUUCUGUGGAUUGCCGACGACUGGUGGACAUUGA